CAUUGAGUGUAUCGUUCAGUAAACAUGCCACCAAAGACAAGCGGAAAAGCUGCCAAGAAGGCCGGUAAGGCGCAAAAGAACAUUUCGAAAGGCGACAAGAAGAAGAAACGCAAGCGUAAGGAAUCUUAUGCCAUCUACAUCUACAAAGUGUUGAAGCAAGUGCAUCCAGACACUGGUAUUUCGAGCAAAGCCAUGAGUAUCAUGAACAGUUUCGUUAAUGAUAUUUUCGAACGCAUUGCUGCCGAAGCAUCCCGUUUGGCUCACUACAACAAACGAUCGACCAUCACCAGUCGGGAAAUUCAAACCGCUGUUCGUCUGUUGUUGCCUGGUGAAUUGGCCAAGCACGCUGUCAGUGAAGGCACAAAAGCCGUCACCAAAUACACCAGCUCCAAGUAAAUUGGUUUAAAAAAAAUGGUUUCACAUUGAAAUCUCCGACAUCAAAACAAACGGCUCUUUUCAGAG